AUGGAGGAUACCUUUGACGUUGCAGUGAUCGGGGCCGGUAUGGCAGGUCUUGUCACAGCACGCGAUCUGAGCCAAAAAGGCCACUCAGUGGUUCUUCUCGAGGCCCGAGACAGAGUGGGCGGGCGGACUUAUACGAAGACUGUGUUUGGAGAAUCACUCGAGUUGGGCGGUGCUUAUGUGCACUGGACACAACCUGCCUUGUGGCAGGAGCUGCAGCGGCAGAAUCUGGCUGUGCUGAAUCCGCCGAAAAUCAACAAGAACGUGUAUUGGUUAGCAGAUGGUGCAGUUCAUACAACCACACGGGAUCGCUACAACGAAAUAACCUCGCCACUCCUAGGCCAGCUAUUUGCUGACGCACGUGAACGGUUUCCUGUACCGUUCGAUGUGAAUGCAGUUGAUACCAGCGAUAUAGAGAAGGUGUCACUCGAGGACCGCAUAAAUUCAUUGAAUCUACCGGCAUACGAACGAGACACGCUGAAGGGGACAAUGGCCGGCGUGUGUUCCUCGUACCAAACGCAGGGGAUCGCGCAACUCCUGCAUUCUGUGGCUGUGUUUUUUGGAGACUACCGGGCCUUCUAUGAGACUGCUGGACAAUGGAGUAUCCAAGGCGGCAUGAAUGCUCUUAUAGAAGCUAUUAUCUCUGAAUCCAAGGCUCAGUUACGACUCUCAGCCCCAGUUGCGUCAAUCUCCGAUAAUGGCUCCCGGGUAUUGGUUACCACGCGGACAGGUGGCCAGCAGAUCAACGCUCGUAUAGCUAUCGUUACUACGCCACUCAAUACGAUGGGUGACAUACGGAUCACCCCCGAUGUGUCUCCGAAAGUUCGAACUAUGAUUGACCAAAAGAAUCCGGUAAUGGCCAGCAAAUUAUGGGUCCGAGUGAAGGGUGCGAUUGAGGACUUCAGCAUCUACGCGCCCGCCGGGCAGCAUUCUAUAAAUGUGGCUAGAACCACGGGCCGCCUCGGAAAUGGAGAUGGGCUAGUUAUGUGCCUGUGCACCAAUGCUGCAUCAAUACGUGGGAAUGAUUGCGAGGAAGUGCAAACAGCGCUGCGAAAAUUCAUUCCCACUAUCGAAGUGGUCGACGUAUUCUGCCAGAACUGGGCGACGGAAGAAUUCUCUAAGGGAGGCUGGAUAAAUCACAGACCAGGAAGCCUGACUGGUGCACUUCCACAAAUUCGCAAGCCACAUGGUCGUAUUUAUUUUGCCGGUAGUGAUGUUGCCGCCCUCUAUCCUGGUGCAAUUGAAGGCGCCAUGCAAAGUGCCACAGUUACUGCCCGCGAUGUGGAUACAGCGCUAGCUAGUGACAAGAUACCACGCGUGAAGCUAUAA